AGAGCCGAAGAUGUCAGCUCGGUCAUGUGAUCAGCUGUGUCCAAUCACAGCUGAUCACAUAAGUGCCACCUGUCAGUGUCCAUCAGUGCCAGCUGUCAGUGCUGAACAGUGCCAGCUGCCAGUGCUCAUCAGUGCCACAUCAAUGCCACAUAUCAGUGCCUACCAGUGCACAUCAGUGCCCAUCUGAGCUGCCUUUCAGUGUCACCCAUCAGUGCCAGUCAGUGCCACCUAUCAUUGCCAAUCAGUACCACCUAUCAGUGCUGCCAAUCAGUGCCACCUAUCAGUGGCAGUCAGUGCCGCCUAUCAGUGCGCAUCAGUGCUACCUAUCAGUGCGCAUCAGUGCCGCCUAUCAGUGCCAGUCAGUGCCGCCUAUCAGUGCCAAUUAGUGCCAUCUAACAGUGCC